UUCAAUUUGAAAGUGAUUUUGUUGAGAUAUUAUAGAUAUUUAUGAAACAAUGGCUUAUACAAAAAUAUCCAAAGUUAAAGAAGACGACGUGCUUGAAUGUUUUCUUUAUCCAAAAAUUUGUUACACAAAAUCUUCAGAGACUAUAACGGAAGAAAUUCUUUUACGAGAAAUUGAAAAAUUUAAUAAAGAAAUUACACCGUACGUUGAAGGUUAUAUCUGGCAUAAUGAUAAUUUAAUUUUUUAUCCUAGAACAAAGCAAGCGUUGUUGUUAGAAAAACUUCUUGAAAAUUCUACAAUUGUAGAAGAAUGUAGCAUAUUACCUCACAUUUAUGUACGUCUACGUUUUGAUGAGGACAUAAGUGACGAAUGGUUUGUGGUCUUUCUGAUAUUUAAACUUACUCAGAUUUUUGAUGGAUUAAUUGCUAAAGUUAUAGAUUCUGACGGUGAAUUUCUUUUAAUCGAAGCUGCAAAUGCUUUGCCUCCAUGGGCUAACCCUGAAACAUGUGAAAAUCAUGUAUUUGUAUAUAAUGGCGAAUUGUACAUUGUUCGUGAAAAAUACAAAACAUUUUUGGAUCUGUUAAACAAUCUCCAGGAGAGACCAUAUCUUUUCAAAGCUUCUGAGAAAGUACAAGAUAUAUUAAAAAAACGAAUUAAUAUGUACCCUAAUGAAAUUGAAAGAAGAUGUCACAAAGCACGAGUUUUUUUACCAGAGAAAGCAGUUUCGAUACUUCAACAAGAACCAAGACUGAUUGCGCUAGUUAUUCGAACUAUUUGUCACUCUGAUCCACUCGAGAGAAAAGUUUGUCGUGCCAUGAAAUAUUUUCCUCCUGAACAGCGUAUUAUGGUUAAUGUAAAAAUGACUAAAUGUUUGUAUGCAAUGGCAAAUCAUUGUCGAUAUACGGGAGAUCCAAGAACAGGAUGGAAUAUACCACCGAUAACUUAUUCAAAGUAUAAUGCUCAUGUACUUGGAAUCAAAAUAGCAUGUGGCUUGGAAAUGUUAAUUGCUCGUGCAAACGAAGAACGUAGAAAAAAAGAAAAGAGAUCACUUAACGAUUCGGAGAAAUUAAAAACAAAUGAAGAUAUUUUAAAUACUUAUUUAAGUCGUUUAGAAGUUAAUGGCUACUUUAGAAAUUUAUUAAAAGAUACCGAAGAAUAUGUAAAACUUUUGAAUGCAGCAAAAGAUUAUUACUUCAAAUACUUUAAUUUGUGUAAUUCCAUUACUGACAUUAAUAAAAGCGAUGCUGAAAAGAUUUUAGAAGCAUGGGAAAACAUACAAUCUAAUGACAUUGAAUUACAUGCUCAAGAUGAAGCUGCUUUAAGUCCUGCGGAUAGUGAUAGUUGGUUAAAUGUAGAUCCACUGCAGUUAGAAAUAUUUCUGAAUGAAAAGUGGGGAAAUGUUAAAAGCAAGAAACACGAGCAAGAAUCGUUAAGUCUUAAAGAAAAAGUGCAGAUGUUUUUAAAUCAAAAUAGUGAUAUUGAUGGUGUACAAUUUUUAGAAGAUCUUUCAACAGAGGCUGGCGUAAUGCACGACUCAGAAGACAAUGGGAAAGUUGAAUUCGAUGCAGACAUAUUCGACAGUACGUUACGAGGUAUAUUAGAUUUAGCUGUUCCAGGAAAUGAGGGGGAAUUUGAAGGAAGUUCAGAAGGAUCCUUGGGUGGUGAUGAUGAAGAUAAAAGAAAUGAAAUGGAUAAAUAUAUGCGAUUGUUAAAUUCAGAAUUACAAUCACAAAUAGAAAAAGAGGAGGAUUCUGAAACGAAUAAGAGCUCUGAUGUUAUAGAAGAUAAUCUGAUAAAAAGUAUUACAGAAGAAGCAGGCGGUUCAGGUCCAACUGGAAAUAUAAUAGGUAGACGACUUUUGCAUUUGCAAUUACAAUCACCCACCACUGUACCUCCAGAUUUACAAAGUUAAUAAUUCUAUCUAGAUAUUAAUGUCUUAAUACUCAAAUGUAUUAGCGAUUGUUAAUAGAUUGAAAUUCCUAUUAAUCGUUUCAUGCAAAGUAUGUCUUUAUUACUUUGAAAAAAGAAAAAAAAUGAAAUUUAAUAUCAAUAGCACGUUUACUGUUGAAAAAAGAAAGUAACUUUAUA